AUGUUCGUGGUCGUGGGGCACAGCUGCCCCCUCUACCCCCGGCUGCCGGGUCGCGAUUGCAGUGGAAGGACACUGCCAAGCGACGAUGCUGUUGAGACUGCGGAGGGGAGGUCCUCAGUGAGCCAUCAGCUGGGCCAGCGGAAUGAUGGUCCCGCCUGCACACCGGUACAACGAGCCCUGCUGGCCCUCACCAUCCCGCUGGAGAUGCUGCAAGUGGUGAAGGGUCGCAUGAUGCAGGCCAUGAGCAACGGGCUGAGCCGCCAGACGCACACACAGGCCAACGUGCAGAUGCUGCCCACCUACAUCUGCUCCACACCCAACGGCACGGAGGAAGGCAACGUGCUGGUGGUGGAGCUGUGCCAGAGCCAUGUCCGGAUCCUGUUGAUGACCCUCCUGGGCGACGGGAACCAGAGCCCCCAUAUGACUGACAAGAUCUUCGACAUACCAGGGGACAGCAUGCAGGGCCCGGGGGAAGCGGUACGAGGAGGCCAUGGCAGAGGGUGGCUGCUGCUGGGCUGCCCAGCGCCAGGGAGGCUCAGAAGGGCUCCGGGACGGUGCUGGGGCUCCAGGCUGCCUCCCACAGCCUGGGUGCUGGGAAAGGAGGAGCAACCGGUCACCCCGCCCGUGCCUUUGCAGCUCUUUGACUUCAUUGCACAAUGCGUGCGCCAAUUCCUGGCUGGCGUCACCAGCACCGAGGAAUACCUCCCCUUGGGCUUCGUCUUCCCCUUCAGCUGCAAGCAGACCCAGCUGAACAAGGCCGAACUCCUCUCCUGGUCCAAAGGCUUCAGCUGCAGUGACGUGGAGGGGAAGGAUGUUGUGCAGUUGCUGCAGUCAGCCAUCAACAAGCAGGAGCUCUUCCACGUGGAAGUUGUUGCCCUGAUGAAUGACACCGUGGGCACCAUGAUGACCUGCAGCACGAGGGAGAGACCCUGUGAGGUCGCCUUGGUUGUGGACAAGGGCACCAACAGCUGCUUCAUGGCCGAAGCACAGUACGUGGAGAUGGUGGAGGAGACCAACGGGCGGAUGUGUGUCAACAUCGAGUGGGGCUGCUUCGGGGACGAUGACGCCCUGAAUGACAUCCUGACCCCCUACGACCAGCGCGCGGACCAGGAAUCCUCCAACCCUGGGAAGAGGAGGUUUGAGAAGUUGGUGGGCAGCCUGUACCUGGGGGACAUUGUCCGGCACACACUGAUGGCCCUGUCUGCAGAGAAAGCGCUCUUCAUUGGGAGCAAUGUCACUGUCCUGGGGACCAAGGGUGCGCUCAAGACCCAGCAAGUCCUGGAGAUCAUCGACACCGAGGAAGGCAUGGCCAAGGCGAGGGUGGCUCUGGAGGCUCUGGGGCUGCGGCCGAGCGAGCGGGACUGCUGCCGGGUGCAGCAGAUCUGCCGGGCGGUGGUGAGCCGCUCUGCCGCGCUCUGCGCCGCCGGGCUGGCCGCCAUCCUCGGCUACAUACGCCACAGCCGGGGGCUGGAGCGGCUGGUGAUCAACGUGGCGGUGGAUGGUGAAUUGUACCGGGCACACAGCAGGUUUGGGGAGAUCCUGCAGAGCGUGACAGGCCUGCUGGCCCCGGAGUGCAUGGCCGCCCUCGUGCCCUCGGUGGAUGGGACCGGGCGGGGGGCAGCCAUAGUGACGGCGGUGGCUUUGCGCCUGGCAGACCAACGCCGUGAGAUGGACCAGCUGCUGGCCCCGCUGCGGCUCAGCCGCACCGACCUGGAGCGCGUCCAGGCGCUGAUGAGGCAGGAGAUGGAGCUGGGGCUGGGCCAGGAGACCAACGCCAACUCCUCCGUCCGCAUGCUGCCCACCUACGUCCGCGGGACGCCCGACGGCACCGAGCGAGGCGAAUUCCUGGCGUUGGACCUGGGGGGGACCAAUUUCCGGGUGCUGGUGGUGCGUGUGGCAGAAGAUGGCAUUCGCAUGGCCAGCGAGAUCUACCUCAUCCCGACCAACAUCAUGCAGGGCACCGGCGAGGCGCUCUUCGACCACAUCAUUGACUGCAUCAUGGACUUCCAGCUGAAGCAGGACCUGAUGGAGCAGGUCCUGCCGCUUGGCUUCACCUUCUCCUUCCCCUGCCAGCAGCUGGGCCUGGAUAAGGCAGUGCUGCUGACCUGGACCAAGGGCUUCAGCGCCUCGGGCUGCGUGGGCGAGGACGUGGUCCAGCUGCUGCGGGAAGCUGCCCGGCGCAAACAGCACUUAGCGCUGAAGGUGGUGGCCGUGGUCAACGACACAGUGGGAACCAUGAUGUCCUGUGGCUACGAUGACCCCAAAUGUGAAAUCGGCCUCAUCGUGGGGACAGGGACCAAUGCCUGCUACAUGGAGGAGAUGCAGAACGUGGGCACCGUGGAGGGGGAGCAGGGCCGUAUGUGCAUCAACAUGGAGUGGGGGGCCUUCGGGGACAACGGCUGCCUGGAUCACAUCUUCACCGACUUUGACCGGCUGGUGGAUGAGAAAACGAUCAACCCGGGCAAGCAGAGGUUUGAGAAGCUCAUCAGCGGCAUGUACCUGGGCGAGAUCGUACGCUACAUCCUUCUGGCGCUGGUGGAGAAACAAGUCCUGUUCCGCGGCAAGCCCUGCCCCAGGCUCCAGACCAGGGACAUCUUCAAGACCAAGUUCCUCUCCACCAUCGAGAUGGUGAUGCCACCUCCAGCCUGUGGGACGGGGACGGUGAUGGGGAUGGUGAUGCUAACGGUACCCCUGGCCCGGGGCAGCGACGGGCUGGCCCUGCAGCAGGUUCAGGCCAUCCUGCAGGACCUGGAGCUCGACGCCAGCUUCGAGGACAGCGUGCUGGUGCGGGAGGUGUGCCAGACCGUGUCCCUGCGGGCGGCCCAGCUCUGCGCCGCCGGGCUGGCCGCCGUGGUGGAGAAGAUGCGGGAGAACCGGGGCCUGUCCCAGCUGGCCGUCACCGUGGGCGUGGACGGCACCUUGUACAAAGUGCACCCGUGCUUCUCCCAGCACCUCCAGAAGAUGCUGCGGGAGCUGGCGCCCAACUGCACCGUCACCUUCCUGCAGUCGGAGGAUGGCUCGGGCAAAGGGGCCGCGCUUGUGGCAGCCGUGGCCUGCCGUGGGGCCGAGUCCUAG